UAAAUGUUGUGUUUUACGAUUCGUACGACUUGUCCUUAGUUUUUCUGCUGCCGGUUAUCUACCAAUUGCAAGACACAACAUUACAAUAGUGCGGGGCCGCGCUGUUUAAUAACUUUGAUACUAAUUGUCAGUCGGCUUCUUGAUGCCGGUCAUUGUACAAGUGUUCUCGCGAAUUAUUAAUGUGGAAUAAUGGCUGGCAGAAUGUUAAAAUUUAUACGAGGGAAGGGCCAGCAGCCCUCUGCCGAGAGGCAGAAACUUCAAAAUGAGCUGUUUGCAUUUCGUAAGACAGUACAGCAUGGCUUCCCACACAGAGCAUCAGCGCUUGCAUGGGACCCGCUCCUCAGACUGGCCGCCCUGGGCACGGCGACCGGCGCCCUCAAAGUGUACGGUCGGCCGGGAGUCGAGUUCUAUGGACAACACACAAAUCCAGACUCACCCGUCAUACAAAUACUCUUCAUUCCAGGCACGGGCCGCCUAAUCUCACUAUGUGACGACAACAGUCUCCACUUAUGGGAGAUCAACGAGAAAUCCCUAGUGGAACUAAGAACACACACAUUUGAAGGCAAAAAUAAAAAAAUAUCGGCAACCUGCGUGGAGGCGUCAGGCAAAAAUUUACUUAUUGGCACAGAAGGCGGGAACAUAUACACAUUGGACUUGAACACGUUCUCAUUAAGUGAGGAUGUUAUAUAUCAGGAUUUAGUUAUGCAAAACUGUCCAGAGGACUUCAAAGUGAACCCCGGCGCGGUGGAAUCGAUGUGCGAACACCCGAAAGUGCCGACCCGGCUCUUGAUCGGGUACAACAGGGGAUUGGUCGUGUUAUGGGACCGCGUCGCGUCGCAGCCCACAUACACCUGCGUAUCCAAUCAACAGUUGGAGAGCUUGUGCUGGAAUGACGACGGCGAACACUUCACGUCGUCGCACAAUGACGGCUCGUACGUGACGUGGGAGGUGAGCGGCGCGGCGAGCGAGCGACCGAUCAAGGAGCCGAUCACACCGUACGGACCGUACCCGUGCAAGGCCAUCACGAAGAUUCUGAACAGGACCAGCGUCAACGGCGACGAGAUACUCAUAUACGCUGGUGGCAUGCCGAGGGCUUCGUAUUCAGACAAAUACACAGUCACAGUACAACAAGGGGAAAAACAUGUCGCGUUCGAUUUCACUAGUCGUGUGAUCGACUUCUUCACAACGAGCCCGGUGCCGCCGGACGGGACCCCGCUGCAGGAGGCGCGGCCCGACACGCCGGCCCUCAUACAGCUACAGUCGGUCAACCAAGUCGCCGCCGCAUUGGUGGUGCUGGCGGAAGAGGAAUUGGUAGUGAUAGACCUAUGCGACAGUAAGUGGCGGCCGCUGCGGCCCCCGUACCUAGUGUCGAUCCACGCGUCCGCCGUCACCACCGCGCAGCUGGUCGACAACGUCGCAUCCAACGUGUACGACAACAUAGUAGCGGCCGGCGAGGCGCAAACGGAGAACGUGUACUCGGAGAGCGCGUGGCCGAUAUCGGGCGGCAACGCCGAGUCGGCGGAGGCGGGCGCGCGGCAGCUGCUGCUCACCGGCCACGAGGACGGCUCCGUGCGCUUCUGGGACGUCACCGGCGUCGCCAUGACGCCGCUCUACGCGUACACCACCGCGCCGCUCUUCAGUGGCGAGGAGAUCGGUGAGAACAAUGACAGUCAAAACGACGAGGAGGAGUGGCCUCCGUUCCGGCGGGUCGGCACCUUCGAUCCCUACAGUGACGAUCCGCGCCUCGCCAUCAAACGGGUGAUACUUUGUCCUCUCUCUGGGAUGUUGACCAUUGGCGGCGCCGCUGGGCACAUAGUUAUAGCAACACUAAAGAACGCCUCCAGCACUGCAGAAGUUAAGACCAUGUCGGCGAAUAUCGUGUCAGAUCGCGACGGCUUCGUUUGGAAGGGUCACGACCAGUUGACGUUACGUUCCGGUCCACUAACAUUCCCACAAGGCUAUCAAGCGACGUCGGUGGCGCAGGUGUCGCCGCCGGCGGCCGUGACGGCGCUGGCGGCGCAGUGGGAGUGGGGCGUGGUGGCGGCCGGCACCGCGCACGGACUCGCGCUAUUCGACGCGCUCACCGCCGCGCCGCUGCUGCACAAGUGCACGCUCAACCACCACGAUUCCGGUGCUGGUGACACGCCAAUUUCAAGACGGAAGUCGUUCAAAAAGUCAUUGCGAGAGUCGUUCAGACGAUUAAGGAAAGGCAGGUCACAAAGACGUCAAACCACAUCGAACCCCACAUCACCCACACAACCGCCUCCCAAGAAGCCCACAGACAAAGCGGCCUCAGAAACGGACGCGGAUAUAAAGCCUGUAGAACGCGCGGUGGAGGCGCGCUCCACGGACGACGCUAACGCCCCCGUCGUGCGCUGCCUGUACUUCGCACGCACAUUCCUUGUCAAUGCACAAACAUCUACGCCGACGCUAUGGGCGGGCACUCACUGCGGCACGGUGCACGCGUUCACCUUAAACGUACCCAACAACAACAAAAGGAAAGAGGAACCGGUUACUUGUAUACUAGCGAAAGAGAUCCAAUUAAAACACAGAGCCCCAGUCAUAGGCAUCACAGUGUUGGACGCCGCGUCAGCGCCGCUACCUGAUCCAUUAGAGGUGGAGCGUGGCGUGGCGGCGCUGCCGGAGGCGGGCGCGCACCGCGUGGUGAUCACCUCAGAGGAGCAGUUCAAGGUGUUCACGCUGCCCUCGCUCAGGCCCCAUCACAAGUACAAGCUCACCGCGCACGAGGGAGCCAGGGUGCGGCGGACGGCGUUCGCGUGCUUCACGAGCGGCGCGCACCGCGAGUGGUGCCUGCUGUGCCUCACCAACCUGGGCGACUGCCUCGUGCUCAGCCCCGAGCUGCGCCGCCAGCUCAACGCCGCCGCCGUCCGCAAGGAGGACAUCAAUGGUAUUUCAAGUAUGUGCUUCUCAAAGAGAGGCGAAGCUCUCUACUUACACUCGUCGUCAGAACUGCAGCGAAUUACACUCUCCGCUACGAAGGUGACGAUUGCUCAAUGUCAAGUGAUAUUGUCACCGUGGGCGGCCGCACUGCGGGGGACUACUGAAGGGACCCCACUCACUAAUGGAGAACACAGGCAGGAGGAGACGGCGGAAACGAUCCACGACGUGACGGCCGCGUCGGGCGACAUCACCGUCGACUCGGUCCGGGACCACACCAACGCUGAACAACAACCACCAGAGCUCAACAUCAACUUGCAGAACUCGCAAGUGAACACGAGCUCUAUGGUGGUGAAAACGACAACCAGGACGACGAUCAACGACAGCAGCGGCGACGGCAACACGACCACCACCACCACUACUACUUCCACAAACGCUACCACCGAGAACACGCAGCCUAAACACGCGCGGCCGCCACGCGUUGCCAGGGAGAAGAACGUGCAGUGGUACUCAUAAGGCUUGUACACACAGACGGGCACCGUGACAGUGCCGGCCGGGACCGACCCGAAGCUGAUCCUCGAGAUGUUUGACCGGCAGCGCUCGCCGCUCUCUGUACCGGUGCCGCCCGCAGCCGCCGAUGCGCACUAGGGCUCCACCUUGCCCGUCUUCACACCACAUAUCUAAAACCGAUCACCACCGCUGAUAGGGUUGACAACUGUCAAAAUUAUAUUCCCAGACAAAAUGUAUUUUGUAUUUAAACUAAUAUGAAUGUAUGAAGGAUCAUUGUGCGGUGGCGCCAUCUGUUUUAGCUUUCACCGAUCGACAUCGUCGUAAUUUCAUUGUCAGAAUAGAAAUGGUGAAAAUCAUAAGUUUACAAGUAAUGAUCGGUUUGUAGAUUGAAUGCGAAAUUUUAAACCGGUAUUCGAUCCCUGUCCACCGAUAUUUCACAUCGAAUUCCGGUAUUUAGUGAAGUAAUACAAGCGUGACAUGUUUGUAGUAAGAGUAUAUAUAUAUAUUUCGUUUUUACGGUUUUAAUAUUACAUAUUGUUAAUUUUCGUCAACGCUAAGACAGCUAAAAGUACUGCCAUGUUUAGAGUGCAUGGUGACUACGUUUUCUGCUGUAAGUGAAUAUCCCUAUACUCAGAAUUAAUAAAUAAGUCACAUGUACCAACAAAUUGUUUGAUCUAAACUCUUUGUUAAAAUAAAAUUGCUUAAUAUGCGUGCAUGUUGCUAAUAAUAGCGAAUUUUGUUUUUCCAUAACAUACAAUUAUUAUGUUAUCUAUCUAUUCUGUCUACAGAAACUAUACAUAAUUUUAUUAUAAUCAGACGUAGACGUACUUAAAUAUAUAUUAAAAAAAAAAAGAAACUUAUGUAAUUCCUAUCACAAGUUGAUGUUUAUUUGAGUACAAAAUCUGGACCACCAGCGCCAUAACAACAUUUGUUGUAAUAACAAUCCUGCAAUAUGAUUGUAGAAUUGUUUUUAAUAGUAUUUUUUUAUUUAAGUGAACAACGUGAAAAAUAAUCUACCAAUUUAGCGUGUUAAUAUGGUUAAGUUGCUAUUUCAAACAUUCGGAGUGAACGUGAUGUGCCUAUUUAUUUCUUUUUAUUAUUAUUAUUAUUACGAAGAGAAUUGUAUUUAGGUAACUAUAAGAACAUCUAGACUAGUUAUAGAACAUUAUUGUCAAUACAAUUAGCAAUUGACUAGAGUAUAUUUUUUAUUGAGUAAAUUAUAAUUUAAAAUUCGCUUAAUUAAUUUGCAAUGGCAAUUUUUUUUUUAAGGCGCGUAACGUUCUUGCGCUUGUCGUAAGUUUUAAUUUGAAUUGUAUAUUCAGUAAAUAUUAUUUUUAAUAAAUUAUAAUAACAAUUAAUGAAUCAAUGUGAAAAGAUUAUGCAAUAUUUUUUUAGCCAUUUAAUAAUGUUUCUUUUUUAAUUUUAUAUUUUACUGUUUCGUAUUUUAGUUUUGUACAGUGCAACGACGGAUACACUAACCAUCAUAUGUUAGAAAUAAGCUAGCUUUGAGAUUGCAGUGUGAUUAUAGAAUUGAAUUCGAGCAGGAUGGAGAACAGCUUGUUGUAUUAGCAUCUCUUUUUAAUCUUCGUGGUUUGGCGAGGAUUUCAAUUUGAGUGUAAGUGAGUUGGAAAAUAUGAAAGUUCUUACAAGUUGACCUGUUCCAGCUAUACGAUACAAUUUUUUUUAUUCUUCAUACCUUAUUGUAUAAUUCGUGACAAAUGUUAUAAAGUUUUAUAUUCAUAGUUGUUUACUAAUCCGUGACCAACAAAUUAAUUUUUUAAUUUACAAUUUCAUAUUCACGGUGUAAUCUCGUAGUCUCGAUGUACUUUUUUGAGAUGGGUUAUUGUGUUCAGCCAACUUCGUUGACAUAUUUUAUUCCUUGUAUCACGCUACAUCUAAUUAGAUUGGCAGCUAUUAUUUUUUACAUAAAAUGACAUUAUAAUAUUUGUAACACACUUAUCAACAUCACAUUUUGUGAUAUAAGGGGAUUGAAGUUAUAUAUAAACGUUAUAUUUUAAUUUCUAGUUAUAAGUUGAAUGUGCCUGCCCGUUUCAUUUUAAGGACAAAAGCUUUUGGGGUACUGUAUGUUGUUAUACUGUAGGAUGCGCGGUUGGAUCUCUCCUGACAUCCACGUCUGCUCUUUUGACUACUGUACAUUUUUCUCUAUCUAUUGUGGCAUUUUUAAUACAUAUUUGAUACGAAACUUACAAUUUGUAUCCAACAUUCUUGCAAAAAUAAAAGCUAUUAUUAAUGAUAA